GGUGCGACUCGACACUCGCCGCUUCGUACUCCGCAAUAAUUCAUAUUGCUUAAACAAACAUGUCAAGAUUAUUUAGUGACGUUGUGUUAACGAAUAUGAACAUGUUAGUGUUAGUGGAAAGUUGAAGAUGUAAUCUUAUGUACACAGUGGGAACUCUUUGAAAUGUAAAAUAUUCCAUAGAACAAUGUUUCGAUAAUAUUUACGAAAGUGCAGUGAGUCCAUUAACAAUGGAUUACAAUUUGGAUUAAGUGAGAGUUACAUUCGAAAAUCGUGAAUAUGGAGGGUGCUAUCCUUAGCACCCAGAGUAAUAACAGAUUUCGUGCACACCUGAAGAAUGCUGCGACGGCGUUGUGCGCUCGUACGCUGCCAAAAUCGAGGAGUAAUGAUACAGCGUCAAGUAGCGCGAAGCAUCACACUUACCCAAGAGCCACUCCGCCGAAGCGGGCACCCAUUUUAUGCCGGAUGGAGCCGCUUAUAUGCGAUUUGCCAGCUCCUUUGAAAUCGAAUGACAUCAAAAGUGAUGUCAAUCACACGCCUAAAUCGAAUGGUGUUGUAAAGUUGCCGGGAACUUUGUCUAGGGAGGUGGCGAACGCCUGGGAGUGCCGCGUGGGACCGCCCGCCCAACCCGCGCCCGCCUACAUCGUGCAGAGCCUCUUCAACGACUUAGAACUAUAUCCUACUAAGACUCAGGUUUUUGAGAUGCUGGUUUGUGCGCGCCAGUGUGCUCGACGGAAAUCCCUGAUCCUCACUUUUGGGGAGUUUUGUGUCUUCGCUGCUGAGUUGCGACGGUGCUCCAGGCAGACCAGAUCGACGUCAAAUAAACCUGAGUCGCCCGUAUGGAGUGUCGACAAAGAGCUAAGAGAGAAGGAAAUUUGUAAACAUGUCAAUGGUAGCGAGGCGUCACCAGCUCCGUGCGAGGUGUUUUUGGGUGGCUCGUGCAACCCUACCACUUGGAGAUCGGAUAUCGCAAUACCGAUGCUUAAGCAAAUGGGAAUCACAUAUUUUAAUCCUCAAGUAGAUGAUUGGUCGACAGAGUUAAUAGAAGUCGAGCACCGCGCUAAAGCACAGGCGCGUGCGCUGUUAUUCGUAUUGGACAGCGAGACGCGGGCUGUCGCGGCCUGCGUUGAGGCAGCACACCUUGCAGCUGCACCCAGGGAUCUAUUGCUAGUGUUGAGGCCUUACUCGAGACAUCAGGCUAUCGGCAGGGAGACGAUAUCAGACCAAGAGUAUAUAGAACUGUCUCGUGCCCGUUCGACGUUGCAAGAAGUAGUGGAAAGGCGAGGCCUACCCGCCUUUACAGACAUCCCAGCUGCUUUACGCUGCGCCCGGGCCGUACUACGAGGCGCUAGAACGCAUCCCAGACAUUCUCUGGGCCACACAAUUCUUCGACUCAAAAGGGCAUACGACGCAGCAGGCGGUCGAAACGCGUGGUUGACACGCGCUCGCGCAAUAGAUGCGUUAAAAGAGGCGACGCGUGCAUCCCGAGAUGUAGCAGAGCGCGUUCUACCACCAAACGCAGAUACAAUUGACUUUGAAACAUUCUGCGGAGCCGUCGCCGAGUUAGCUGCUGAUGCAGGGUCCCGGCCAAGUAUGAGCGUAGCAGCGCGUGUACGUCGCGCGUUUCGAAAUCUGCGCGAUUUUAUCACUUCACCAACAACACCCGAAUACCAACGUAACAAGGGUCAAGAGAAGGAAGUGGGUGAAUCAGCUAGUACGCAAGAGCGUGUGUCGCCGCUCGCGCAGCGCGAUUCUAACGGAUACGCUCGUAAUCCACGGCUUCGUGCGCACGGGCAGAAAUUGUCUUUGGUUAUACCCAAGAAUGGCGGCAAGACAGGCGAGGAGUCAGGUUCAAGCAGCGCCGAUAGUGUGUUCACUCCAGGCACCGAGCGACGCUUGGAGCGACUGCCCGCAUUGCUCGGAGCGCCUGCUCAUCAUGUAUACCUUGCAGGAACUUUCCCCUCAAAUAGUAGACGUCCCGAAGAUAUCCUUCGUCGGGAAGGUUUCACAUACGUGAUACCUAGAGUCAACGACUAUACACGUCUAUUUUCAACGCCCACCCGUCGUUCUGCGCCGGCGCAUCCUGAAUCGCCGUGCAGAGAUAAAAAGCCAAGGCCCGCUUCUCCAAUUUCGCCGCUUGAAGACGUUGAAUUAAGGGAAAAAAAGGAAGAGAGAAGCUCGGAGAGAUUGAGCGCAUCUGACUUCUAUACUGUCACGGAGGAUGUUACGCCGCAGCCUUUUAAAGGCACCUUUGAUGAGGACCUGUUGCUAGGUUCACGCGUGUUAGUGUUUUCGCUGUCAUCGUCGUCGCCUAACUUCUCGACGAUGGUGAUAGCGGCGCACUAUAUGGGCCUUCGCCCCGCUAACACCCUACUCAUCGUGCAACCGAUGCAGGCCCCGCCUACUACCGUGCACCAGUUCAGCGAAGCAGCGGUAAAGGACUACAAUAGGGGACGGCAUUAUCUAAUAGACCUAGCUCGUCGCGCGGCCGUGCCUGUCUUUGACAACGUAGAAGACGCCAUGGCCUGCGUACUUAACCGAUUGCGCACGUAAUCGUUCGUUAGUUACGUACGUAUACUUGGAUAUUUCGUGGCGUAUUUUUAGUGUAUCACUAUUGUUUAGACAAAUAUAUUGUCGUUUAAUUAUUAGUAACUCUAUACGGUCACUAGUUAGUAUCUACGUAGCGCCUGCAAAGCCGGGGCAGUAGUAGUAAUAUAAAGUCAAAGUACCAAUUCUACUCAAGUAUACGUACGUGUGUGCUCGUUUUAAACGCCGUAGAAACGGUUAAAUCGGCGAAUAGAAUUCUCGAUUUUUUAAAAGUUUACAUCACAUUCAGAUAUGAAUCUCAGGCCCACUUCGCGUUCAGCCUAUACAUUGAACAAAAGGCGAUAUUAUUACUGAAGGUUCCGUUUCCACGUUUCACUAACCGUGUUCAUAAUCACAAAAGUAGACAUCACAAAGCCCAUAGUUCAAGGUGGCGAGGAGUCUCAACUCUAUUCGUAUGUACUUACGUCUUAUUUUAGUUUAGCAAAAGUCUCUCUUUAUUUUACCACUCUCUAGUGUAUGUGUGUGAGAGAAUGUGUUUAACAACUGUGAUGAUCAUUUUAGUAAAUUGCAAUGCAGAAACAUUUUAAUUAGUAUAAUUUUUUUAUCGAAAUAGAUAUUUUAGCUGAAUCUUUGACAGAGCGUCAGCGCGAUAUUUGUUACGGAUGAGCUGGGGAACAUAUGGACGAACGUACGAAAUUUAUGAGUAAAUUUUAUUGUCACUAAUGUUUUAAUCCGUUAUGUUUUUCGUUUGCAUGUCCGCCAGCUCUUUUAAUUCACGCGAGUAGAGUGUAAUUAGGAUAAUACUGACUGAGAAAAUGUCAUGUCGGAUUGUGUAGUCUUUUAGACGAUUCUCUCAAAUUAGAUCUUAUUAGUGUAUUUUGUGUUGUAGUUACUAAACUCCAGUAAUGCGUCUAAGAGUACAAAAAAUUGCUCAUGUAGCACAUUUACCACUUAAUAUGCAAAAUUAUAAUGUUGUCAUUUAUACUCAUUUUAAAUUUAGAUAAAAUUCUAAUGCUUGCAAUUUGUCUUCAAGUUUUUGAAGCUAUUUGCUGAAUAGUAAGAUGGUGACAGUAAUUUUUCUUUCGUCCAACAUCAUUCAUAUCCCAAAAGCUUAGAAAUGUAUUAAUGUUAUUACUGAAUUUAUGUAUAAAAUGAAGUGCAUUUUUCAUCGUAAAUCUUGUUAAUAAUAAAAAUGUAUUUUUUAUUCCAUGUAAUUGAAUUAAUAUGUGAAUUAUGAAUUUUUAUGCUAUGAGAUUGACAGUUUUCUAUAAGUGAAAACAUGUCGAAGAUUUUCUAGAACUUAUAGUCAAAUCCUUAAGUGAGCCAUGAUCUAAAACAAGUACAUCACUAAAAAAAAUUAUUAUAAAUAAUUACAAUUUGUAAAGUAAUAACGAAUUUGUCCAAUAGAGGUCGUGGUUAUCAAUUUUUUUUAUUUAAAAUAUGUAUGAAGUUUAUUGUCACCUCUUACAAUUAGAUAAGUUUUAAAACAUACCUGACCACUGUCACUAAAUAAUCGGCAAAUGUUAUUUGCUAGUCACAGUAUCCAUUUAUAUGUAAGUAUUUUGUAAUAUUGUUUGAUAGUACAAAAAUCUAAUUUAUAGAGGAAAUAUUUCAUAUAUUAAUUUGUAAUUAUAUGCCAUGUACGCUUAUUUAAAACAUCACCUGUAAAUAUAGAAAUUUUAAUUAAUA